GCAAUUCAUCAUCUCUGUCAAUGGCAACUCUUGUUUUUUUUCGCCUCUUCUACAAUCAUCUCCAUCGACUUUUUCAAUUCCUUCAAUUUUUCAAAUGCUAUCCCAUACCAUCGACUUAAUCCCUAGCACCAACUAUUUUAACGCUAUUCUAUUGCUGCGAUUCAUCAUCUCAGUCAAUUCUACCACUGCAAUUCAUCAUCUCCGUCUAUGGUAACAGAGAAAGGAUCAAAGGACGAUACAAUCACACCGUCGAUAGUAACAAAAAAGGAAUUGAAGGAAAUGACCUUCUGAAGUUCAACGAUUUACCCUCUUUGUUCCCUAGUAGCAACAGGGACAGAAAGCUUUUUUGUUUACUUACACCAAUUUCUUGUUGAAUUUGGAAAAGAAAAGUUUGCUUUUAGGAAUUGUUUAUUUAUUAAAUUAAAUUUGGUAGCUAGAGCCAUCUUUUUUUAGCUAUUUGAUGAUAAAAUUCUUAAAUUGGUGCCUUGUAAAUUAUGUGAAUUAUUUGUUGAUGCUAUAGAAUACUAGCAUUUUGAGGACUAGACCAUGUAAGUGACUGUAGUAUUAAUGGUGUUGUCACAUUGCUUCCUUUAAAACUGCUCUAUGUUAUUAGAAUUUAGUACUGUUUUCCUCGGUGCCCCUUAGAGGCUUGACUUUGGAGUUUUCCAGAUUGGUAGCUUUUAUUUGUUCCUUACAUUAAGUUUGCAUAUAGGUUAAUGUUUAGGAAAAAUUCAAGUGGGCGAAAGAAAGUUCUUUUGUUAUGAUAGGUGCCAACUUAGUACAAAUGAGGUCUCAAGAGGUCUUUUUCAAUGAUGAGGUUGAACAAUUGAAGAAUGAGGUUGCUGCUGCUUUUGAGAAGAAGAUAGUUUCCUUCAUUGUGGAGAAUGUUGUGAAGAAUGAGUUGAACAAGGCAUAUUGCAAAAAGGCCAAAAAACAAGACAUUCUAUAGAUUUAGCCUUGUUUGUGGUUUCUUCUUUUUUUCAUGUUUUUUUGGCUUUAUUAUGCCAAAAUGUGACUUGUAAGCUAAUAGACAAAAUUUUGUACU